AUGCAAUCCACUGAUUCAUUGAGAGAAUUAAAUGCCAAGCUCUUAGUCGAGAUUGCCAAGCUUAGGAAGGAGAAUGCUGAGAUUCCCGAACUUAAAAAGAAGUUGCUAAAAUUUGCUGAGGAUGAGGUUGAGAAUGUAAGGCUGAAGCAAAUUAUUGAAGAGAAUGCAAGGCGUGAUGCUGAGAAUGUUGAACUCAAGUCCAGAGUCAGAGAGCUUGAAACUAGACUUGCAUUAUUAGAACAGGGUUCAGCAGUGAAUGAGAUGUUAUUGUUAUUUGGUCAGACACAAAAUGGUGACGAAGCGAUGCCAACUGUUGACGUACCCAAUUCUGUAAUAGAUCAGCUCAAUAAUGAAGCAUAUAAGAAAAGCAUUAGUAAUGAAAUUAGAGAGAAGAGGCGGGAAAAGAAGCAGAAAGAUCAAAAGGCACUCGUAAUUUCUCAGGAUGUGACUAAAAUCCCUGAGGUCAUAGACAUGUUAACUUCAGAGCAAGACGAGCAAGACUUAUCACAAUCUUAUGAGGCUAAUUCUGAGAGCAUAAAAUCCGCAUCUUGCGUCUUAUCGAAGCAACCGCAAGAACUUAAAUCCGAUUUGCAUGAUGAAGUUAUUGCCAAGUUGGAUAAAAAUAUAAUUAUGGAACAGGAGUUAAAGCAACAGUUAUCAUCACCUGCACAUACAUCUACAUCAGAUCAAACUUUAGAAGAACAGGAUCCAUCUUUAGAUACCGCACAAAAUAUAGUUUGCAUGUUCAGGAAAGCUAAUAAGCUUAGUCAAGAAGCAAUUUUAUACUGGUGCUACUUUAUAGAAAAAUAUAACAAAAGGAUUGAUAACCUUGUUGUUGGUGGAGUUAAGAAAAAAACUGCAACAUCUAUAGUAUAUCAAGAAAUCAGGUAUCAUGUGAGUUCAGUGAUAAAUUCACACAAUGAAACCGUGAAGAUUCUUCACGAUCAGAGUCAUGUGACUUCAAAAAUUAAUCCGACUAAUGCAUAUAUUUCUCCAAAAGCUAAGACGUUGGACCAAUAUCCUACUUUAUAUAGAGAAUUUAGUAGCGAAAAUUUUGAUUAUUAUGGCAUUACUGAUGAAACAUCAUGCGAGGACAGGACCCCAGACAUCACAUAUAUAACUCACGUUUGA